UCACUGGUCAAAUGCAGACACUGCACUGUAUCAGAAAAAUACUGGUGUAGAUUAUAACCUAUAAAAUCUGCGUAAUUUUACGCUCUUAUUUAUACGUGGCUAAGAUAUUUUAUGUCUCAAAAAGAAGACGAGAUGUGACACAUCUGCUUGAGGGGAGCCUCGCUAAGUUAAUUCCAGAGAUCAACAACUAAAUCUUUAAAGUGACAACUUGAAUUGUUUCUCGUUACUGAUUCUCGUCGUUCAGAGAUAUGUCGGGAAAGGGGAAACAGAGUUCGAAGAAGGCUGUCAUGAAGGUACGCGAAUCUGGAAAGACUGCCCAGUCUUCGCUGGGGAACACAGAUACAAAUUCCGAGACGCCGGAGCCGACGACGUCUCAGGCAAUUUUAAAGACGGUUGACAACAGUCAAAAUCUGCCAACGUGCACCAACAUCCUGAAACGCACAGCGGAGAAAGGUGUGGGCAUGGAGGAUCUCGACACACUACAAAUGGAACUGGAGACACUCCUGUCAGCUGUCGUUGUACGGUAUCGCACUCUUCAAGAGGAGACCACCAACUUGUCGUCAGCAGAAGAACGUAGAGACAGACGUUCGAAGAGCGGAAAAAGCGUGCCUCUGCUUAACAAAAAGGAGAAGGUGCGCGAGGAAAAGUUAAAGCCAAAAGAGGCGAAUACCAAAAGUCAAUCGCCUCUGUACACGAAACUCUACACCCAGAGGACAGUAAGAAGUUCGGCAAAUCAAGUAGCAUCAAAUGCACACGAAAUUGCGAGGAUAGAGGGAUCCAAGUCGGAUGCACCAAAGCUGCUUUUACCGAAAAACGAUACGCCCAACAAGUUCUGGGCAUCGGUGGAUCCUUAUUGUACUGACAUUAUGCCCGAUGAUAUUAAAUUGUUGGAGGAAUUGAUUGCUACGCAUGGUAAUAUAAGUGAAUUUAAAAAGAUCCCAUCUCUAGGCCGUCAUUAUAGCUUAAUGUGGGCGCAUAACGACUUGUUGCAAGAGGAAGAAGCGGCUAAUCCGAACAGGGAAAAGAGGAAGAACCGUACAGACAUGUCCCAUUUGAUAUCCAAAGGUGAUAAGAAAAGUAAUGGUAUCGCAGGACCUCUCACUCAGCGACUGGUCUCUGCGCUUCUGGAGGAGAAGGUGUAUGUUGGGAAUAAUAACACAGAGAAUAAAUUAUUCCGAGAUGGGGACUCGCCCGUUUUGCGGGAUCUGACCAUUCAAAAUUCCAUUAACUUGGAGUUACGAAUGCACAAAGAAUUGGUCGAACAGGGAAUCUUGGAACCCGAUGGGCAGAAAAAGAAUCAAGAUGAUGAUGAGAUUCUUGCAGAGAUUAAAAGGUGUCAACAGGAACUUUCAGCAUUGUCCAAUCACAAUGUCAUGCAGCUGAAGAGAUUGUUAAAUCUAGCCCAGGAGGAAAGUAAAAGGCAAGCAUUGAAACGAAAAAUUAGCAUCGUGGACAACGAAGUGAUAGAACAUUAUAAAAAAUUGACUAAAGCCAAACAGAAUAAAGAAUCUUUAACAAAAAAAGAACAAGAGAAAGCAUGGACAUGUCUACGGGAAAGGGAGAAUCUUUUGGAACAAUUAAAUACCAAAUAAUCUAGUGGAAUUUAUAAGUUUUACACAGCAGGGAAUGAAAUAAUUUAAAAAUAUUUCUUAAAAACAUAUAUGUUUAAGAAAUAUGUUUAAACAUGUAUAAUAGUACAAUCAUAUUAUUAAUACAGAUAUUUAAGUCUUCAACAAUCUGUCAAGAAAUAUUACACAUGUGUGAGUACGAUAAUACUCUGCAUUAUCAGAUUAUGUAAAUUGUUAAUUCUUUAUAUUAAAAAAUAUAUAGAUAUACAUAUAGAAAUUGUAUAACGCGCGAUGAAAAUUAAGCUGUGCACAAUAUAAAUUUAAAAUUCUCAUUAAUGUUACACAUACUAUUGACCAAAUUGAAUGUAUAAUUUUCUCAGUAUAACAUUGUCAGAUUCACUCAUGUGUUCUAAUGCAGAAAGAAGUUUGAGUCUGAAUAAUAUUGGAAACAAGAUUUUUUUUAUCAAAAACAUAAUUAUGAUAUUGUUAUUUUAAAGCAGCUAUAUUAUGCGCAAUCAAUAAUUGCCAAAAAUGAGAAAAAGAAUUACAAGAACUUAUUAUAUAAUACUCACAAUUUUAUCUUUCAUUUAAAAGUAAUUCUUCAUUCUACUAAUUUUUAUUGAUAUUCCAUUACAUGUCAUCAUUCUUCCAUAUAUUUGGAGAUUUUUAAUAUAGAGUUUUGUAUAAUA